AUGCCGAUGACUAUUCCUACAUUUAGCUCCAAUACAUUUAAAAAGAGCUCCGCAGACCUAAGAGUCGAUAUACCUCACCAUAACAACGGUAUGCACGCCUACAACAGCAAUUCCAGUAGUGGGAAUGUUCCCAACUCGCCAGCUCCUUUCAUCAAGAAUGAGCCUCAAGACGAGUCAAGGUUUCUUCACCAGACACCAUACCACGACGCAUAUAGCAUGUCAAGCCAUUCCUACCAGCAAGGCGGAUUUGGAGACCAGAGUUAUUCUGCUGGUGGCGAUGGGAGCAUCGAUCCAUCGGAGCUUACCAUGUCUCCAUCAAUGCCAAUCCAACAGAACGGUGGAUUCUACCCCAACUUUUCAACUUCCAACAACAUGGGGUACAUGGGUAGCCAUAUGCCCGAUGAGGACCUUGUGGCUACAUUGGGGGGACCAUUGGAUGAUAGUCAUAUAAACAACGGCCAGUUCGAUGCCAAUCAGAACGACUAUGAUAACAGCACCCAUGGUUCACUCCAUAAUCUGUUCCCGGGAAUGGAUCGGAACACAAAUGGAGGCGGAGGUGAGAACGGUGCAUCAGUUGGGCCUACCAAUAUCGAGAUGUUCUCUCACACUCCUGAUAAUGCGCCACAAUCACCAUUCAUUCGUGGCUUUCAGUCACUGCACUUUCGUCAAAUGAACAAUUCUUAUAAUGGAGCGACGGCUGAGACCCCAUCUUCAUACAACGCAUCACCUGUUAUUGGAUCUGAUUCGACUCAAGGUACGAAUUUCGAUCAGUAUAUGGCUACUGGUAAGAGGAAAGCUCGACCGGCUGUAUUGGAAAGAACUAGCUCGCGCAAAAGUCCACAUUCGAGAUCACCUCAUACACCCAAGACUCCCGGAAUUGGUGCCUUGUCGCUGGAGUCAUCAAGUGUUCCGUCACAGCCCAUUCCGCCAACUCACAUGAAUGCUCAUCGCCAUCACAAAUCGCUAUCGAACCACUGGGAUGGAAAUUCGGGUUCCUACCUCGACUCCCCUCUCUCAUCGCCAGGACAUUCCACGGUUCACUCACAAAUUGCCGAUGUUUUCAAAUCAGGAAAGCACGCUUCGCUACCUGCUAAAGUCGAGCCAGGUCCCGGUGGACACACCCUUCAAAAUACACAGGAGGCCAAAAGGCGCCGGAGGCGGGAAAGUCACAAUAUGGUUGAGCGUCGGCGAAGAGAUAAUAUCAAUGAGCGCAUUCAAGAGUUGUCUCACCUUGUACCCCAACAUCGUCUCGAGGACGAAAAAGUACGCAAGCAUCUAGUAAAUAACGGCUCCUUGUCACCAACCAUGGGAGGACCUAGCGGUAGUCCACCUCGUGCGACAUCAAUGCUUGCCGGGGGUGUUGGUCGCCGAGCUAGUGGUGUGACGGCUGCUGGCAUCGCCGGCGAGGAGAAGGACAAGGGUCCGAAUAAGGGAGAUAUUUUGAAUGGGGCAGUUGGCUGGACAAGAGAUUUGAUGUGGUCUCUUCAUGAGAAAUUGGAACAAGAGAAGAAGCUCAGAGAGCUUAUUACCAGCCUUGGCGGUACUUUCCCAUUCGAGCCAAGCGAAGAUGACAAGAGGAUGUCAUCUGAGCUAUACACCGCGAUCGAGAAGAAUGGUGUACAGAGCUUUAGUUAUUCGAGGACACCCGGAACGAGUCUAAGGGUGCCAGGGUACACCGAUUAUGCUGGAAAUCCACUAGGUAGCGGCAAUAAUGUCAUGUCUCCGCGUGUGAGCCCGUCUGGUUCCGCAGGGAAGUCUGGCCAGAAUGGCGGCUCAGCUCGAGCUACACCCCAACAGCAACAGCAGCCACAAUUCUGGAACCAAAACGGCGAUGACAUGCCAUUCAAGGAGGAGGAUGAAUACACUAUGGACAUCUCAUAA